CUUUUGUAGAAAGAAACUAUACGAAACGUUUGUACUUUGUACUUAGCUAGUGUUAACAAAAGAAAAUGGCGUCAUUCUUCAAUCAGCUGUGAGGAUUCUGUUACCUGUUUUGCUUUAUUUUGUAUCAUUUUUUAUUAUUCAGUUUCAUUUGAAUAAUGCAUUCUCUCAAUAUGUUGUGGUGCGCUCAAAACGAAGAAAGAUGGCUUAAAAAGCAGGAAAGAGACUUUAAUCAUCAGUGCGUCGGCACGAUCGAAGUUAUACCGGAUAGUAUAUUUGUGCAACACUUCAGAUUAAAUAAAUCUACGUUUCGGUCUCUUUGUCAAGAACUACGAGUAAAAACUUCCUUGAGGGGUUCUCAGGAAAUUUCUCUAACAGUUAAGGUGUUGUGCGCUCUUACCUUUUUGGCGACAGGCUCCUAUCAAAGGACUUUUGGUGUUACCCAGCAUGUUGCCCAACGAACAGCUAGCCGAUGCAUCAGACAAGUCGUUGAUGCGUUAAACCACCCUGCUAUCAUGGCGAGAUGGAUAGUAUUUCCGAGAACUCAGCAAGAAAGAGGUUUAAUUAAACAAGAGAAAGUUUCAAAGAAGGUUUGGCUUGCCUGGAGUAAUUGGGUGCAUAGAUUGCACUCAUAUUGCUAUAGUAAAACCUAAUCAGGAAGAACAUCUUUUUUAUAAUAGGAAGGGACAUCAUUCCUUAAAUGUUCAAAUGUUCGAAUGCCAUUCAACGUGGCAAUGCUGCCAGCCUUUUGGGCACACUCCCAGCCGGCAGCGAUGCCGAUGAAUUUUUUGA